AUCAUCAACCACUCACAAACACACUUUAAACAAUCUCCCAUAGUCCCUAAUAAACUGAGCUAGCUACCCCCUGCCCCCCUCUCUCUUGUCACUGUCAACUUUUUUUAUCCUCGAAAUCCCUGUCAUUCUCUUCUCAGCUGUCAAUUAUGUAUCUUACCGGCCAUGAGCCGAUGAUCAGUUUCUCCUGCCUGCCACUACCUGCAUUUCCUGUCUACCAAUUCCUCGCAAGAAAACAAGCUCAAGAUCAGAUCAGAACCCCAGCAACCACACUCCAGGCCAAAGCAGCUUAGCUCUCUCUUUUGCUUUUUUGUUUGCUCAGUUUUGGUGGGUUCUACUACUCACCACUCGGUACAAAACCAGCAGGCACCACUGGAUACAUACACACACUCGGACACCCUCUGGCUAGCAACUGAAGCAGAGCUCAGCUCAGCUCAGCUCAGCACCCACUCCACAGCUUAGCUCGAGGUGGAAGAAGAAGAAAGAUAGCCAUGAGAGACAUCACGGCGAGGAGCCCGCAGGACACGCUGUCGUUCUCGAGGAGGCACUUCAAGUGGCCGGUGCUCGGCAAGAGCAGGAGCAGCAGCCAUGGCGGCAUGAGCGGGGACGAGUACUACAUGAAGAGCUCGGAAGCCGAGGAGGAGGAGGAAGAAGAAGAGGAGGAGGGAGCCAUGGCGUUCUCUUCCGCUUGCCCAUCCUUCCACUCCGACGGCUUCCUCUCCCCUCCUCCUCUUCCUCAGAAGCCGCGGCCCAAAGCGGCCCAGGCUCAGGCGCCGCAGAAGGAGAAGCAGCAGAAGCAGAGGAAGGCGAAGGUGAAGACGGCGGUGGCGCGGAUAAGGUCGGCGCUGUCGGCGGCGGUGUCGGGGCGGCGGCGGCAGGUGGGCAUGGGCGCGCGGCUCGCCGGCACGCUCUACGGCCACCGGCGCGGCCACGUGCACCUGGCGUUCCAGGUGGACCCGCGCGCGUGCCCGGCGCUGCUGCUGGAGCUCGCGGCGCCCACGGCGGCCCUGGUGCGCGAGAUGGCGUCGGGGCUCGUGCGCAUCGCGCUCGAGUGCGAGCGGGGCAAGCCCAAGGGCGGCGCCGGAGCCGGAGACGAAGGCGGCGGCGGGGGGAGGAGGCUGGUGGAGGAGACGGUGUGGAGGGCGUACGUGAACGGGAGGAGCUGCGGGUUCGCGGCGAGGAGGGAGUGCGGCGCCGCUGACUGGCGCGUGCUGCGGGCGCUGGAGCCCGUGUCCAUGGGCGCCGGGGUGAUCCCGGCGGCGAGCGGCGGCGGGAUCGAGGGGGACGUGAUGUACAUGCGGGCCCGGUUCGAGCGCGUGGUGGGGUCCCGCGACUCCGAGGCGUUCUACAUGAUGAACCCAGACAACAGCAGCGGCGGCGGCGGCAACAACGGCGGACCCGAGCUCAGCGUCUACCUCCUCAGAGUCUGACCGAUGACGUCAAACACCAAUGUCGGCCAAGCCCUGAAUUUACGUGUGCGAUGCAGUGAAAGCGGAUUUUGCCGGUUGCGUGUAGACUCUGUGUGGGGAAGCGUAAAUGGGUGUGGAAAUACGCACUUUUGUUGCUCUAAAGUACGCCGUCUCUUCUUUUCCUUUUUACAUCUAGGGAGACAUUCCUAUUGUCGGACUGUAAUGGCUCGGCAGAUGAAUAGUAACUCCAGUAAAUCAACUAGUAAUGUGGUUCUAAGCAUUUUGUAAUCAUAUCAAUAAAAUUCUACUACGGAGUAGCAUGCAUUCGGUAUC